AAAAGGCUGAGAAGGAGAAGAUGGAGAAGGAAAGGAAGGAGAAGACGGAGAAGGAAAGGGAAAGGUUGGAAAGAGAAAGGGCGGAGAAAGAGAGGAUGGAGAGAGAAGUUAAAGAGAAAGCUGAAAGGGAGAGGCUGGCGCGAGAGAGGGUGGAAAAGGAGAGACAAGAGGUGGAGAGACUCGCCAGAGAAGAGAGGGAACGACUGGAGCGGCAGAAGAUGGAGAGGGAGCGGCUGGUCAGGGAAAAGGAGGCGAAGGAACGAUUGGAGAAAGAGAGACUUGCAAAGGAGAAGGCUGACAAGGAGAGGAUAGAGAGGGAACGUGUGGCCAAAGAGCGAGAGAGAAUAGCCAAGGAGAAGGAGAGGGUGGAGAGAGAGCGAUUAGAGAAGGAGAGAGUUGAAAAAGAGAGGAUCGCCAAAGAGAGAGCGGAGAAAGAACGGCUGGAGAGGGAGCGCGUCGCCAAGGAGAGAGAGCGAGUUGCCAGGGAAAAGGAGCGACAGGAAAAAGAACGGAUCGCCAAAGAGAACGCGGAGAAGGAGAGGAUGGAGAGAGCGAAGGCCGAAAAGGAAAGAGAGAGGGCAGAAAAGGAAAGACUAGAAAAAGAAAGACAAGCCAGAGAGAAGGAGAGGAUGGAGAGGGAGCGCAUCGCAAAGGAGAGGGCCAGAGUCGCUCAGGAGAAGGAGAGAUCGGAGAGAGAAAAGGCGGCAAAAGCAGAGAAGGAAAGAGCAGAAAAAGAAGAGAGGGAGAGAAUCUCCCGGCAGAAGGAGGCGAAGGAGAGGAUGGAACGGGAAAGACUGGAGAGAGAGAAAUCGCAGAGGGAGGAGUCGGAGCGGCAGAAGGCUGAAAAGGAGAGAGCGUCCCGGGAGAAGGCGCUGAUGGAGAGGCAGAGGCUCGCCAGGGAGAAGACGGAGGCGGAGAGAGCGGCCGCGAAGGCAGACGUCAACGCACAGGAAGUUCCGGGGAGGAAACCGAACGCUUCCCGACCGAAAGCUCCAGCGGCCGAGGAGAGGACGGAGAGAGCGAGUGUGUCGGAGGUCAGAGGAGGGAGGAGUCCGACCGAGGACAAGACGCCGGCGGUCAGGAGGAAACAACGUUAGUCCGGCACGAGAGCUUGGGUUGGCUGGAGGCUCAAAGGUGAAAGUGGAACGUUUCCGAACUGUUGUUGUUUUUGUUGUUGUUGUUGUUCUGUUGUUGGAUCCUGACUUUAUGGAUUAAAGUGGGAUUUUAAAGAUUAGCUGGCCGCCUCUCUGCGUGAGGCAGGCGGUGAGGUCUCGGCGUUCACCCCGACGUCACUGCAGCGUGGUGAGAGGUUUCUCCUGGAGUCGAUGUGGAGCCGUUCACUGACACGUCGGCCUCUUACUUCACAGAACAAAGAAAACAGAAAACAUUCACGUUCUACAUACUUAGUUGUUUUUUUUUCUUAUUUGUAGUUAUUCAUCAUCAAGUUUUCGGUUAAACUGUGAAAUAUAAAGCCUCAAUUACAUUUUCCGUCAUGAAGGACGUCUCAGGAAUCAUUGACAAUAUUUUUCCACCCAAAUAUUUCUAUGGGCCGAUGUAUCAGAAAAUAUUUCGGUCCGUAAUUUGGGUUUUGGUGCGUGUCCUGAUUAUUUACUGAUGGAAACGUCACGGUUUGUUUUCUACGCCAUCGAUAAAAACCGUGCGAACGUGGUCGUCACUCUGAGUCAGCAUGGAGGUUAAUAACGGUGUGGUUUAAUAUCUUGUCAGUGUUUUUUUUCUUGCUCUUUGAGUGUAUUUCACUCAUGUUGACAAUGUGUCAGUUAUCAACACUGAGAUGGAUCAGCUUUUCCUUAAAGAUGUGAGAAGAAGAAAAAAAAGGUUAUGAUAAAUAAACCUUGGUUCUGAAAUGAA